GGUAAACUGAUUGAAGUGGUCGAGAAUGAAGUCAGUUUGUAUCAGUAUAUGUAUCCAACAGAACUAGCGUCAAAGAACACACUGGCCGUGAUCGGUCUCAUUCAACCGAUUGGUUCAAUAAUGCCAAUAUCAGAAAUGCAAUGCCGUGUAUUUUGUGAGGUAUUGCGCGGUAGAACAACACUUCCAACAGCGUUUGAGAUGCAGAAGAAUAUCGAUGAGAAAAGGAAAGCGAUGGAAAAAGAAUACGUUGUUCGAAGAAGGCAUACCAUACAGGUCUACUAUGUUGAAUAUAUGGAUGAAUUAGCAAAAUUAAUAAAUGUCAAACCGAAUCUUUUUAAGUAUAUUUUCACCGAUCCGAAUUUAACCCGUGUUCUCAUCUUCCAUGGACUGGCUCCCUAUCAAUAUCGACUUGUCGGACCAAACAGUUGGUCAGAUGCACGCAAAACACUGAUGACUAUGGAUGAACGAGUAUUUGAGGCAACAAGAACGAGGCGAACAAAGGAAACACUCGAAUCGAAACCAUUCAAUAAGUGUGUACAAUUUGUAUCGAGUUUGUUUUAA